AAUGUCUGUAGCAUGCGACUUCAUUGCACUCUACACUGGGCAGAAGAUGCCUCUCAUGGGACUGGGAACUUGGAAGAGCGACCGUGGCCAAGUGAAAGAAGCAGUGAAAUAUGCGCUAAGUGUGGGUUAUCGCCACGUUGAUUGUGCAGCAGUUUACGGCAAUGAAGCAGAGAUCGGUGAGGCUUUCCAGGAAUGCCUCCUUUUCCUAAAGGUUAUUAAAAGGGAGGACCUGUUUGUAACAUCAAAGCUCUGGAAUACCAAGCACCACCCAGAAGAUGUAGAACCAGCGCUAAGGAAAACACUUGGAGAUUUGAAACUGGAUUACCUGGAUCUGUACCUCAUGCACUGGCCUCAUGCCUUUGAACGAGGAGAUGAUCUCUUCCCAAAGAAUCCUGAUAACACGAUGCGUUAUGAUUACACUGAUUACAAGGAUACCUGGAAGGCUAUGGAGGAGCUGGUAGAAAAAGGUCUUGUGAAAGCCAUUGGGCUAUCAAACUUCAACAGUUGUCAGAUUGAUGAUGUACUGAGUGUGGCUACUGUCAAACCAGCUGUGCUCCAGGUAGAAUGCCAUCCUUACCUAGCUCAGAAUGAGCUGAUAGCUCACUGCCAGAGACAAGGACUGGUUGUCACUGCAUACAGUCCCCUCGGUUCUCCAGAUCGCAUAUGGAAACACCCAGAUGAGCCUGUGCUUCUAGAAGAACCUGGGAUCAAAAAACUGGCAGAAAAAUAUAGCAGGUCACCUGCACAGAUCAUCCUCAGGUGGCAAGUGCAGCGUAAAGUGGCUGCCAUUCCCAAGAGCGUCACUCCAGCUCGCAUUCAGCAGAAUCUCCAGGUGUUUGAUUUCAGCCUCACAGAAGAGGAGAUGAGCCACAUUGGAAGCCUGAAUAAAAACUGGCGUUACAUUGUGCCAAUGAUUACGGUGAAUGGAAAGCUAGUAGAAAGAGAUGCGGGACACCCCUAUUACCCCUUCAAUGACUCUGUUAGAAAAUAA